CGGUUGAAGGGACACACAAAAAGAGAACAGGAAAAAAAAAACUGGUCACAUUUCUCAGGCACCUGAAAACGUGCUGGUUAUUUUAGGACGCGUGCUGCUUAUUGAUGAGUGGGAGAGUGCUUAAACUACUUCCACUCUGGUCAUGUUUUGAUGGUGACUGUACAUGGCAAGCAGCUGAAUUGCUUUGGGACCUCUGUAAUAUAGAGAACCCCCACAUACAGUGAUAUCUCACCACAGCCUGGCAUCAUAAGGUGUGCAGACGGAGAGCCGAGCUGCCCUGUGCAUCUAUUUACCUUGGAAAUUAUCUGGAUCAGUAACACAGAUUCGCUCUAAUUUCCUUUUUAAUUUCUAAUUUCUUUUAUUUUUUGAAAUAGUUCUUUUCUUUUCGCAUUUGUUUUUUUUUUUUUUUAAUUUUUUGUUCCUUCGAUGAUCGGGUUUUCUCAAGACCCCCAAUGCCCUGUGCACACUCCUGUUGGUCUGAGCUUUGGGAUACACUCUCUAUGCCUCGGCAGUUCAUGACUCUUUCACCUGUAUCAACGAAACUCCUCAGCGGCAGGCAGAGGCAGUCAGUCCAGCAUUAAACGCCCACAAUUAAACAGCACGGAACAACAGAGCAACAUCGAUCGACUGGGAAACAUGGAAAAUAGCCCCGGUGGUGGUGUUAUCUUGUACGCCGGCUCGUCUGGCAGUGCCAGCCCGAGUCCUGGCAGCCCUUCAAGUGGAUACCAGACCCAGUCGCCCUCCUCCCACUCGCAGCCUUCAUCCCCAGAGGGUGUCUCCUUUCAGGAGAUUGGGGCCCUGAGGCAGAGAGGGGAACAAGGGGGAGGAACUACUUCCCCGAAAAUGGUCUUCCAGUUUCCUGAAGUAAACAAUGCUCCAGUUUCCCAAAUUACGACAGCAUCAUCAGCAACCUACAACCACCCUACAGCAGCAAAAAGACCCUGUGGUUUCACUGGCACGUUCACCAAGACCGGAGGUAUGGUGCUCUUGUGUAAGGUGUGUGGAGACAUUGCAUCUGGGUUCCAUUAUGGUGUUCAUGCCUGUGAGGGCUGCAAGGGCUUCUUCAGACGAAGCAUUCAGCAGAAUAUCCACUACAAGAUGUGUGUGAAGAAUGAAAACUGUCUCAUCAUGCGCAUGAACCGAAACCGGUGCCAGCACUGCCGCUUUAAGAAGUGUCUCUCCGUGGGCAUGUCCAGAGAUGCUGUGCGUUUUGGGCGUAUUCCCAAACGGGAGAAGCAGAGACUAUUGGAUGAGAUGCAGAGCUACAUGAACAGUCUCAAUGAAUCAGCUUCCAUGGAAAUGGAGGUGUCACCUCCUCCCGAUGCCCCCUCUAGUCCACAGAACCAGAUCAACGAAGGCUCCAUAUCCCAGUCUUACCGCAGCAACAUUAUGAGCGGAGACGAGAAACCACUCAAGAUGGCUUCCCGCAACAGCAACGUCUGCACUUCCUCUUUCCAGAACAGUUCGGCACAAGAACCUGCCCUGGCACAUCCAACAACCCAGACGCAGCACACAGGUCACGGGGAGCAAGCAAAUCUGACGUCAAGCUACCAUGUCCCCACAAACUGCCCCGCUGCCCCCACCAGCAAUGAAAACUCCUCUAAUACUAAUGUCGACAAUGCCAAGUACACCUUCUCCUCCAAUCAGAAUCAGUGCCCCAUCAGUGGCAACCUAUCACCUCAGUCCUACUCAGCCAAUCAGACCAGUUUCCCAGUUGGCAAUUCCCAGAACCAAAACCCCUGCCCCUGGAAGCUGAAUGGCGGGGCCAAAGUACUGGCAUGUCCACUCAAUUCAUGUCCUGUGGCUCCAGCCAGUCGUUCCAGUCAGGAGGUGUGGGAGUCUUUCUCCCAGUGCUUCACUCCUGCGGUUAAAGAAGUAGUGGAGUUUGCAAAGAGCAUCCCAGGCUUCCAGACUCUUAGCCAGCAUGAUCAGGUCAUGCUGCUCAAAUCUGGCACUUUCCAGGUUCUGAUGGUGAGGUUCUGCUCACUGUUUGACCCCAAGGAGAGGACGGUGACCUUCCUCAAUGGGCAGACGUAUUCACUGGCAUCACUGAGGGCUCUUGGCAUGGGAUCCUUACUGGACGCCAUGUUUGAUUUCAGUGAGAAGCUGGGAUCUUUGGGCCUGGAGCCGGAUGAGAUGGCUCUUUUUAUGGCUGUUGUGCUCGUGUCAGCUGACCGCUCUGGCAUAGUGGAGGUGGGAGCAGUGGAGCUACUGCAGGAGAAUCUAAUAAAAGCUCUGCGCUCUCUCAUCACCAGUCGCCGCCCAGAUGACAGCACCCUCUUCCCAAAGUUGCUGCUUCGUCUGCCUGACCUGCGCACCCUCAACAACCACCACUCUGACAAGCUUUUAGCUUUCCGCAUUGAUCCUUGAGUUCAGAUGGCCUGCAGCUUACUGAGGUAUCUGCGUUAGGGAACCUCCCAGCUCCCCAUGCAAGCUUGGCCUGCCACUUACAGUAUACUGGCCUCUGCAUGAUGGACAGCUGUUGUGGGAGCUGUGCCAAGUCUAACGCUGUGAGAAAGUGGACUCAGAAAAAUAUCAGUGAAGGAUGGAGGCACAGCAGGAGGUGGAAGCUCCUGAACUCAAACUGAUCUCUCCUCUAGUCGCUUCCAGGAUUGCUAAAAAAAAAAACAAAAAAAACGAAUAAAACAUAGCCUGUGUUCUUC